ACCGUAAUCACAAGCGUAAAUCAGCAUCUCUGAGCCACAAAGUUAUCUCAGUUUUAUAACCGUGCAUUCUGCGCUGAGAACUAAAAGUACUGGUACUGGUUGCAUUGCAGUGAACGCUUAGGCGUAUGGAGAUCUACUUAAUAGUGUUGAUGAGUUUAGCAAAAGUGUAGCAUUUCUUGGCUUUGGGGAAAACAAAAGUGCUCUUUUUUCCACAUAAGUAGAUGCUGUAUAUCUCAAGAAACUGCUCUGAAGGUAGAUCCUGUUCUUUAUGAGUCUACACUGUUAGGGACAAAACGUUUCUUGUUCCGGUCUGUGAAAUGUUCGUGGGAUACUGAAAGUCGGUCGCAGUGAGAGCUUGAUACUUCAUGGUGACUUCAGAGAUUACUAUUUUGGUCUGUAGCUGAAAAGUGCACCAAUCAUUCACAAUGGCCGAGGAGAUCUGGACCGUGGCCGAGAUCAUGAAACACUGGGCCGAUACGCAGCCGGACGCUCAGACUUUUCGCUUUGUGGACAAGAAAGGAGUCCAGUCAGUCUGGACACCACGGAACAUAUACGUGACGUCAUCUCGGUUCGCAUCUCGACUCCGCGGGUACGGGUUCUCGGACGGUGACGUCAUCGCUAACGGAAUCCCUAACUCCCCAGAGAGGCUCGUCACAGAUCUGGGAAUUAUUUUGGCCGGUUGUGUGAUGGUUAACUUUCAGGCCGUGGAAAAGGAUGGCUCUGACUUCUGGAACACAGCCAAACUGGCAAGUUGUAAGGGCGUCGUCAUCCCAGCUAGGUCUGAGCAGCCCACUCAUCGUCUGAUAGCACCUUUACUUCCUGACGUCACGAAGACGUCGGGCUGCGCGGAGAUCUCAGUCAGUCAGGUCCCGAGUCUGACCAAGGCAGUUCUCGUUGACAGAAGCGAGUCAGACCAGGAGAGUUCUUUACUGUCCAGCUUGCAGUGUAGUGAGGAUGGCGUGGACAUUUGCUACAAUCCAAAGAAGUCGGACAUCACGGUGUUAUUCGCCACCUCGGGAAGUUCGGGCUUCUGCAAGUUGGUGCCUCGGACUAACGAGGAGGUUCUAAGGGCUGGGCGCUCGUUUGAGGGCGCCAAGUCCAUCAAGUAUUUCUCUGACCGACUUUUUGGCUGGAUGGGAGGUUUCCCUUUUGACUUUCUAGCUUUCUGUUCUCCGAGAAUACUGCAGGAUCAGUUUAACGGCAAUCACUCGACGGACCCUCUAGAGCUGUGGCACACGAUAGCGCGGGAAAAAAGCGACGGGGCGUCCAUACUGCCACAGACGGCCGGAGCUCUUAUUGAGGAGUUCAGGGACGUUGCGCCUGACUUCCGGCUGACUUUUAUGGUAACUGGAGGUCAACCGUUGAGACAAUAUAUCGCUCAGGCCGUGGGCCGCUUGGCUAAGGUGAUGGUGGUCACUUACGCCUCAACAGAGGCCGGGAUGGUCAGUUCAGGUCUGGUCACUGACCCCUUCAGUCACCAGGACUUCUACAGUGGCAAGCCCGCCAAGGGCGUACAGAUCAGGGUUGUGGACGAGGAGGAAAAUGACGUGCCCGCCGGCGUGCAGGGGGAUGUGCUGAUCAAAUCUUAUCUUUUGUUUAAGGGCUACUACAUCCAAGGGGAGAUAAAACCAUCUGGGCUGUUCACGACCGACGGCUGGUACCGGACGGGAGACAGAGGCCUUCUGGACGCCCAAGGAAACUUCUGCUGUUAUGGUCGGUCCGGUGACGUCGUAUCUGUUGGAACAGCCCUUGUUUACACCAGCUGGCCCGAGUCGGUGCUCUGUAAAUCCCCGGAUGUUGUCGAUGCUGUGGUUACUGCUUUACCGGACGCAGACGAGCGGGGACAGUUAUGCGCAUGCGUAAUCACUCGAGCAGGAAGUGACGUAGAUGAGGCUCGGUUAAUCGAUUUCUACAGGAACUCCUUUAUGUCUGCUGAUGACAACUCGAAGGGUUUUUAUCCGAAGCUACAUAAGAUCUUCUUCUUUGAUGAAUUCCCUCAGACAAGCUCUGGGAAAUUGUACAAGAAAAAGUUGAUUUCUCUUAUCGAGGAGAGAGUUCGCGGUCAGUGAUUUCUUGGUGUGUGCGUGUGUUGACUUUUGAGUUGAGAUAGUUUCUGUGAUUUCGUCCAGACAAUCUACCGUCAGAAUCCAAACAAACUGUUAAAGCUGAGCAAUUGUGCUAGUGAAUUUCCGAUCGUAACUUUUGUUCUGUUUGUUUGUUUUAGUAGGUUUUGCAACAUUUGCAGAACCUAACAACAAAGGUAACGAAAGGAGGAAAAUGGAAAAAAGAAGGAGAAGUAACAGUUUAAAGAGGCAUGACAGUGAAAGUAAAUAAGGCUAUUUCAGAACAGGUUCAUGCAUGACGGACCCUAAUUCUGACCGCAAUAAUGAUGAUAACGGCAAAAGAAGGCGGGAAUGCGAAAAACAAGGUCAUACCCUUAAACAAUCAAUCUAGUAGCCUAAUUGCUGACAAUCACCUUACAUAGCCAAAAUCGGGUAGUUCUCCUUGAUUUCGUCUGCAAGAUUUCCGUUUCCAGUCCGUUGGAAUCCCAUUAUCCAGUGCCUUUGGGAAAUCCCUUUGUUUACCAGUGCCUUUAGGGAAUUCCAUCUAUUAACCAGUGCCUUGAGGGAGAGCCCAAUGUAAUGUAUAAAGUGCAGAAGCCUGCUUAAAUGUCCCUUAGAUUUCAUGAUCUACCUGAACGAAGGAAAGAGAGAUAUCCGCAAUGUCCUUUUCCGGAAGCUGAAAACGUCCUUAAAUGUGGAAAGCAUGUCAGUUUAAAGGCAUCAGGCAGUCAACAUGCGAUUUCAAAAUAGAUAUGACAAUAUUACAUUAAUAUGCUUAUUAGACUUGAUUUACUGCAUUAAGUGAUCAUUCUUUUUUCGGUGCCUGGCUCUAAUUUUGUGCCUGCCGAAUUGGGUCAAACGCUAUUUUUGUAUCCGAUUAUGUUAUUCACAAAAUUGUAAUUGCAGUUGAUGAUUUUCCAAAAUCCUUAUAAAUAACAAGACGGAAAGCAAUGCUUUUUCACUUUUUCUAAAAAUCAAUGUUUAUGCUCAUACAUAGUAAUCGUCAGACAUCAGGGAUUUGCUAUGUUGACGCAGUUUUUCCAUUGAAAGUUGUAUUUCUUUUGGUUUUGUGAAGUUAUGACCACUUCUGCUUAGAAGCAAUGUAAAUUAUGUGUCUGCGUCUUUUCAUACAAAAUUGUUACAAAAAGAUUGAACUUUAAGCCACUACACAAAAAAACAUACAUUUGACAUUUCCAGUGAAACCCUUCGUCAGCACACACACUCACACACUCACACACACACACACACACACACACACACACACACACACA